CAAUCGGCUGGGCGUCCGCCUCGGCCCGGCCUCGUCAUGGACGCCAUGCCGUUCGGAGCCGCGGACGCCGCCGAGGAGCCGGCGCAGCUGCCCGCGGCCGAUGUCUUCCCCAAAGACUUCGGCUACGAAGUUGACGAGGCCGAGGCGGGCGAGGACGACGGGGCCGAACUAGCGGGAGGCGGCGGCGGCGGGAUCGGCCUGGCGGGGCCCGGAGGCGGGCUGGGGGCCGGCGGGGGCGACUCCUCCAACCAGCCCCGUAUCCUGCUGAUGGGGCUGCGGCGGAGCGGGAAGUCCUCGAUCCAGAAGGUGGUCUUCCACAAAAUGUCCCCCAACGAGACGCUCUUUCUGGAGAGCACCAACAAAAUCUACAAGGACGACGUCUCCAACAGCUCCUUCGUCAACUUCCAGAUCUGGGACUUUCCUGGCCAGAUGGAUUUCUUCGAUCCCACCUUUGACUACGAGAUGAUCUUCCGAGGCACCGGAGCUCUCAUUUACGUCAUUGACGCGCAGGACGACUACAUGGAAGCAUUAACCAGACUCCAUAUUACGGUUUCCAAAGCCUACAAAAUCAAUCCAGACAUGAACUUUGAAGUCUUUAUUCAUAAAGUUGAUGGCUUAUCGGAUGACCAUAAAAUUGAAACUCAAAGGGACAUCCAUCAAAGAGCCAAUGAUGAUCUUGCCGAUGCUGGCUUAGAAAAACUACAUCUUAGCUUUUAUUUGACCAGCAUCUAUGAUCACUCAAUAUUUGAGGCCUUCAGUAAGGUGGUGCAGAAACUCAUUCCACAGCUGCCCACUUUGGAAAACUUGCUGAAUAUCUUUAUAUCAAACUCUGGGAUUGAGAAAGCUUUUCUUUUUGAUGUUGUCAGCAAGAUCUAUAUUGCAACAGACAGUUCCCCUGUUGACAUGCAGUCCUAUGAGCUAUGUUGCGACAUGAUUGACGUCGUCAUUGAUGUUUCUUGCAUAUAUGGGCUAAAAGAAGAUGGCAGCGGUAGUGCAUAUGACGAGGAAUCUAUGGCAAUUAUUAAACUCAAUAACACAACUGUUUUAUAUUUAAAAGAAGUGACAAAAUUUCUAGCCUUGGUGUGUAUCCUCAGAGAAGAAAGCUUUGAACGCAAAGGAAAUCCUUUGAAGGUUAGGACAGCUGUUAUGCUGAGGAAUGGCUGUGGUUGGCAAAUGAUCUGAUCAUUGGCUUCUCUCCACUGGACCAGCCGUUAUUUAAAAGGUAUUGUUUAAGGCUCUCUCUUUACAGAAUAGUUUUGUUGCUCUGCUCUGAAUGAAAUAAUGCCUCUUCUCUUGGCUUGGAAUGAUGACAUUGAUCUAAUGACUUUGUCAGUCAAAAAUAAAUUAACUAAAGUCAACUUGUCAUUACAACACUUUACUGUAUCCCACUACAAUGGAAUUUAAAUCCAAUAAAAUCAUAACAGGAUUAUUAUUGACCUCAACUAUUUUUUUGUAAAAUAUAUAUGUUAAUAUUUUUGCAGCCUCCCAGGUGGUGUGUUAAGAUCUACAGCACCAAGGAAAGGCUGCCUGAGGAUAAUUUUAUCAACACUUAGAAAUGUACUGUAAAUAAACUUUCUAUAAUUUAUUUUUUUGAUGUAAUUAUGGCCUUAUUGACAUUGGGAGGGAUAUUUCAUGAAGAAACCAGAAACAAUGAGUUAUUCCUAAAUCUGUUUAGGAAUUAAUUGUGUUGAAAAUGAAGUUUAUAACCCAUGACUGACAUCUUCUUGGAACACUAAUUUUGGAUUCCUGGAGCAGUGGGCAUUGAUCAUUCCCUCUUCCCCCUGGAGGGCUUAAAUCCAGGAAGCCCUCUCUGGCACUCACUCAACAGCUGUCUAACAACUUUGACAUCAACACAUAGUGGAAAGCCAAAUGGGCUGCUGAAUGCCCAGAUACAGGUAGUUACGUAGAUGACUCUACACAGAAGGUCACAGGUUUUGACCUUCCUCGCCAGCAAUGGUCAACUCUGAACAGGAUCCGUAUGCAGCAUGGUGUCUGCCAGGACUCAAUGUUUCUGGGGUCUUGUCUCUACCUCUCAGUGUGCCUGUGGUGCUCCUCGACAAAAUAUCCAUCACAUUGUGUCUGAAUGUCCACCAAGAGUUUACACAGGCCCAAAGUCUGAUUUUUUCAACAGAGACCACCCUGUCCUUGAAUGGCUGGUGGACUGGGCAUUAACAUUUGAACUAUAAGUCCAUGUAUUUGCCAUACACCAAAUAAUAAACAAACAAAGAAACAAACAAAUAAAUUCUCCCCCCAUCUUUUUUGGGGUCCAGAUGUCACAGUUUACAAGAGGGAAAGUCACUGCUUUGCAAGAUGUAUAUGGUUGUCAAAAGGCUGUCUCUCUACACUUUUGUUUAAAUCUGUCAUCACCUUUCUCUCAAGCAAGAGAUUUCUCUUUAUUUCAAGGCUAUAGUCAUCAUCCCUGUAAAGGUUUGUGCCUAGGAAGGGGAAACCUGUUACUGCUUCAACUUCUCUGCCUAUUUGCGCCCACUGCUUGAUCAUAUAAUAUAAGCUUUUUCAACAAGGAGGGACUACGCCGGAGGAACUUGCUUGGGCAACUCCGAGCAGAACGGUGUAGCAGGCAAUGCGAUGUGCUUGUGCUGCUGGUGCGAAGAACAGGGCGGCAACAGCAGUGGCUUUUUUGGCGUGUUCGAGACCUCCAGUAGUUUUUGGUGGCCUUGAGACAUCUGCUGCUUCCGGGAAGUGGCUGGCAAAGAAACAGAGGCUGGGAGACUUCUGCAGUCACACCGAAAGUGUAUACCCCAAAACCACGGGUGAUCUCACCCAGUGGUUUCAUAUAUAUGUUGAACAGGAGGGGUGAGAGAAC